AGUCGUCUGCAAGAGCCAUGCUUAAACUUAGGAAUAUUUUUCGACGCAGUUCUGCGUUGAAAACCUUCACUUUGGGUGUUGCAAGAUGUCUUCAGCACACAGAGGCAGCCUCUGCACCAAACAGAAUAUCCUCAUCAGUUGUGGAAUCACUUGCAGCAGUUGUUGGGGAGAAACAGGUGUCAUCUGCUGUGGCAAUUAGAGAUCAGCAUAGCCAUGAUGAGUCACAUCACAGUUGGUACUUGCCAGACUUGGUUGUUUUUCCGAAAACUGUGGAAGAAGUCAGUCAGGUGGCACGAAUAUGUUAUGACAAUGAGCUGCCAAUCAUCCCAUUUGGCUCCGGAACCGGUCUUGAGGGAGGAGUCAAUGCUGAAGUUGGUGGUGUGUGCAUUGACUUGAACAAAAUGGACCGAAUCCUGUCUGUUCACCCUGAGGACUUUGACUGUACCGUGGAGGCAGGAGUAUUAAGGAAGACCCUCAAUAAUUACCUGCGUGACACUGGUCUCUGGUUUCCUAUAGACCCAGGAGCUGAUGCCUCCCUGUGUGGGAUGUGCGCCACGAGUGCAUCCGGCACCAAUGCUGUGAGGUAUGGAACUAUGAGGGAGAAUGUGCUGAACCUAGAGGUGGUCUUGUCAGAUGGCCGAGUCAUUAACACUGCAGGAGCUGGACGGAGAACAAAGAAGACAUCAGCAGGUUACAAUCUUACCAAUCUGUUUGUAGGAUCUGAAGGAACUCUUGGUAUUAUUACAAAGGCUACUCUGCGAUUGUAUGGAAUACCAGAAACAACAAUAUCAGCAGUGUGCUCUUUCCCCUCUGUGCAGGCAGCUGUGGACACAACAGUCCAGGUAUUACAGUGUGGAAUACCCAUGGCUAGAAUAGAGUUUCUGGAUGAUGUGAUGAUGAAUGCCUGUAACCUGUACAGUAAUCUGAACUAUAAAGUGGCCAAUUCACUUUUCUUGGAGUUCCAUGGCUCAGGGAAACAUGUGGAGGAACAGGUGGCUGUUGUAGAGGAGCUAGCAAGUAUGAAUGAAGGUGAGAACUUUGUCUGGGCCAAAGAAGCAGAAGAGAGGAAUAGGUUGUGGAAGGCCAGACAUGACAUUGUUUAUGCUUCAAUGGCUCUGAAAAAAGGAAGCAAGCCUUACUCAACUGAUGUGUGUGUACCUAUAUCGCACUUGCCUGAAGUUAUUGUAAAAACCAAAGAGGAUAUUGCGGAGUCAGGUGUUGUAGGGCCUAUCGUAGGACAUGUUGGCGAUGGGAAUUUCCAUGUAUUUUUCCCAGUAAACCCAGACAGGCCUGAUGAACUCAAAGCUGUCAAGGAAUUAUCAGAUAGGAUGGCAAAGCGAGCCUUAGCUCUGAAUGGCACCUGUACAGGGGAGCAUGGGAUUGGCAUGGGUAAAAGACACCUCUUGACAGAGGAGAUCGGGGAGACGGGGGUGGAGGUGAUGAAGCAGCUCAAAGCCGCCCUCGACCCAAAGAACCUCAUGAACCCAAGUAAAGUGUUUCCUUAAGAUCUCCCUCAGGCCGAGUUUCUAAAGGAGAUCUCCAGCCUAGCUUAUCACAGCAUGGAAGAUGCAUGAAGUUAGCUUGAGGGAACCUGUGUCAUGCUGUGUUUAAUGAGGAAGCACAUGGAAAUGAAAGCAUGCCUCACUUCCUCAUUGUCUUAAGCUAAGCUAUUUGCCCAUGUAAAUAUUGAUGUUAGAAGCGUUUUAGCAGUACAUUCCACACCUUAUCAGAGGUUCUUACUUUGACCACUAUCUUUGACAUAUCAGAAAUGUCCUUUCUAGGUGUCUAGACCAUUUUUGGUCAUUCUUUAAAUGUCUGUGUAGACACUGAAAUGUUCUUUCUAGGUGUCUAGACCAUUUUUGUUCAUUCUUUAAAUGUCUGUAUGGACACUGAAAUGUUCUUUCUAGGUGUCUUAGACCAUUUUUGGUCAUUCUUUAAAUGUCUAUAUAGACACUUAUCUUGCCCUGUAUGCACUGUGUCCUUUAAUUUUCUUGACUGUUGAUAGCUAUGUACAUUCAACAGUAUUUUACUCUUCCAUAAAUGCACAACUGACCAGCCUCAGUAGAAGUUUGUCCAGUACUUGUCAAGGCUUGGUGGUUUCUCAGCAGGUUUAAAUUCAGUUCAGAAUCAUCAAAUCAAUAUUACAACAUUAAACACCAGUAAUAUCUUAAAGAAAUACUUGUACAUGUACAAUGUAUGUGCUAUCCAAAUUCUGUCUUUUUUCAUUUUCAAACUUUUGUCUUAGUUUACUUGUUUUAUAAAAUAUCCCAGUGAUGAAUUGGCUAAAGUUUGACUGAAUAUUGUCUUCUACAUCUUGUCCUGUUUCUGUCCCUUGAAGGUGUGGAAUAGAUAUGUACAUAUGUAUUUGUAUGGCUUUGUUUACUUGUAUUUAUUAUGAUUUGUUACACUGUUAAAGAAGUGCAGUGAUAGUUCAUCCAGUGUGUUCAUGGUUUAUGUGUGCAAAUGGUACAUAAAUAGAUUUACUUAAUGAUGGAAGUUUCAUAACUUUUUAUAUAACUUUUAAAAGUUUUAUACAGGAAGAAGGUAUGAUGUGUGGUAUUGAUUAACAUGUUUGUUUUUGUGUUGAGAAAUUUAUACAGAAUCAAAUAUAUAUGUGUGUCAUAACAAUUUUUUUUGAAAUAUGAUAAAUUUUAAUACUCAGACCUCUCAAUAAUGUAUGUGUAAAUUAAUGCAAUUCAGCACUUAUAUCAUCCAGUCUCCUUUGCUUAAUCAAUAAGACUUGCUUAAGAUGUGUUUCGGUUGAAAGAAAACCUGAAGGGCAUUGGGUCUGUUUUCUUCAGUGUUUAUUAAGUUGAAUUAGCUGAUAUGUGACAAUAGCAAUCUGAUGUAGACCUCUUAACAACGGAGUAAAGUUAAUGUUAGCCAAACCGUCAUAUUCAUUCUGCCUGUAUGACCUUCCAGAUGAUGUUAAUUAGUCUGCCUUUCAUUUCUUGAGGCUGUUUGCUCACAUAAUGCCAGUAGGAUUUCACUCUUUUGUUAAGUAAGAAAAGCUGCAAAAUCUGCUUGGCUACAAUUGACAAUGAAUAAUCCAGGGAACAAAGUAGACAAUCAGUGUGUCAGGUUCAGAGUUUGAAAAUUACUGUUGUUAUGCUCAUUAUACUUCCCUGUGAUAAAGCCUAUGUUUUUUUUUUAUAUGCAGGAUUAAUCAUUAUAUUAUGCUCAGAUAAAUUUGGAAAAAAGUAUAAAAGGUUUUUUUCACGAAGCUAGAACAGUAGUAUGUGAUGAGAAAUAAUUUUUACCCACUUGCUGCUUUAACCCUUCAUAAAUUACUCAAGGGUCAAAAGGUUGGGUCUAAUUGUGUCAGUAUUUACAGCAGUUAAACUGGAAAGUUCAGUGUAGGGUUUCCGCUUUGAUUCAAAUGAUGUUUUGAUAUGUGUUGAUGUUUGGGAAACUUAAUUCCUUUAACUAAAAAUUGUUUAUCAGUUGCUUCUUUCAUUUUUAUUAGCCAUGAUUGUGCUGCCGGUGUUUUUUUUUGUUUUUUUUUUUGUGCAUUAAAUGUCACCUGGUAUCCUGCUCAUCCUGAACACCUUCAUGAAGAAGUAUUUCACAUGGUUAAAAGAGGUUAAAAAAGAUGUAGUGGUUACUGAGAACUGGUGAUCAAUUCUUGAGCGCUACCUUAAGCAUGAAUCAAAAAUAUAUUUAAAUAAAUAACUGGUUAUGAGUUGACAAGAAUAAGUAAUGCUGUUGUAUGUUUCUCCAUGUCUUCUGUAUCUAUGCAAUUGAUGGUCAUAACAUAAAACCUCAAACAUACAUACAUUCAGUGUUCAUAAUAUGUAUGGGGAUGCAGAUGUCACACAGCGCAUAGUUCAAGCCGGACAUAAUGGCAAAUCUUCCAGCUGUACACAUUAUUAAGAAAGUCAUUUACAUGGCAGUUUUGUCCUGUACAAAAUGGCUGGCCCCUGUCAAACUCAUGAUUGGCAAAGGACACUUAUCCUGGUUAUGUCCAGGCUGGCAGUGUGUUUAUAAUAUAGUGGAUUGUUUGGAAUGGAAGUGCUCAGGGUUGACUUUCAUAUAUAUAUAUAUCAAUUAUUCACUGUAUAUGCAAUAAGUAUUCUUUAUAAACUGUAUCAUUCAUGUUUUGUGCAUGUAUUUAGAUUUGAAGCUGAGGCCCAAAGAAAGGUUAAAGGAUUGUUUUCAUGCUGGUUAGUCUUUCUUACAAGGUGUUAAAAUAGAACUAAAACUGUAAACUUUGUAUGAUGUGAGCAUUGAUGCUACACAAUGGAAAGACCCCUUUGAAAAAGCUUAGGACAGAUUAAAUCCUGCACUUUGUACUCUAGAGACUGGUGUAUUAAGUGCAGUUUGACAUCCAUGUACUGAAUAUACCAGAUGUGAUGUAAGGUGCUAGUGAACCUGCUGUGAACUGUGAAUCAGUUCCUCUCCAGACCGCAUGCUUGCUGUACACUGUGGUGAAAGCAUUUUUAUUGUUGUAAUAUUUAAGGUUAUGUCUCUUUUUCAAUUUUUGUUUACUACUUAAUAGCCCUUUUUGCCAUUGAGGUAUUAUUGGUGUACAUAUAGCAAAAAACCGAAUGUUAAAGUAUACCUAGUAUUGUGGCAGUUGUGAGAGGUGUUUUUGAUAUCGUUUUUUGUAGCUUUUCCAGUGGCCUAAAAUAAAGAUAUUUGACCACUUGUAACUGUACAGGUUCACUUAAGUGUAUGUUCUCACAGGUACCACUGAUGAACGUAGCUGUCGUGACAAUAAGUCCUUUAAGAUUGCCGCUGAAGUUGAGUCACAGGCAAACAUAAUAAGGUAUUUUUUGUGAACUAAGCCUCUGAACAUGACGUCAUACACAGACCGUCUUGUUUCACCUCCAGGUGUUUUUUUUAACUUGGCGUUUAUUGAACUUAGUCAUGGUAUGAGGAUAACUAGGUCAAUGACGUUCCAAAUAACUGCAAGAUAUUGUUUGUAUUGCAUGUGAAGUAGGCUAAAACAGAUAUUGUAUAACAUGUUUCAGACAGUGACACUGUUAUGCUCGUCUGAUGGGUAAUUUGUUUCAUGUCAUUUAUUGCAAAAAGUGUAAAACCCAGCAGACUAAGUUUUUCAGCGAAUCGAGAUAAAACUGCCAUCAAAUAAGUUGGCUAAAUUAAAUUAUGUAUGCCCAGUUGUGCCUUUGACUGUGUGCCACGCACACACCUGUCAAAAGUGCUCAAUAAAUAGUGGUC